UUCCCUUUCUCCAUAGCCAUCGGCUCUGAGUCCGUUCCGUUCCUCAGUCCGAAAGCCGGCGUUCCGCGUUUGAUCAGAAUGGCGUCCCGGUUCCCUCUGGAAUUGGAGCUCACCGUGUCCUCGGCCAAGGACCUCAAGAACGUCAAUUGGCGCUACGGCGACCUCGAGCCCUACGUCGUGGCGUGGGUCGACCCGGACUCCAAGCUCACCACCAAGGUCGACGACCAGAACGACACAUGCCCCGUCUGGAACGAGAAGCUGACCAUCCCGGUUCGCGCCCCAUGCCUUGAGGACGCAGUCCUAUCGAUCGACGUCGUCCACACCAACGCUUCCGGCGAGACCAAGCCGCUCAUCGGCUCCGCUCGGCUCCACCUCAAGGAGGUCGUCGACGAGGUCGGCUUCAACGAGCGGUACACCAAGUCGCUCAAGCUCAAGCGGCCGUCGGGCCGGCCGCAAGGGAAGCUCGAGGUCAAGGUCACCGUGUACGAGAUCCGGUACCCGGCCCCUAGCCCAUACCCGCACCCGCAGCCGUAUGGCCAAACGACGAGUAGAGAUUAUCAGCCGACUCAUCCAUACACCGGAUAUGGGGCACCUCCACCUCCAUAUGGUGCGCCACCAGCAGGAUACCCUGGAGCGUAUGGAAGCGGGUACGGAUACAAUGCUCCACAACAGCAAUAUUACGGUGGAUACGAUUCAGGAUACGGGAACGGAGCUGCGGCGCCGGUGCCGGCAACGUCGGCACCACCGGCUAAGAAGGGAGGCAAGUAUGGGGGCGUGGGAACGGGGCUGGCUGUUGGAGCAGUGGCCGGAGUGCUGGGAGGGCUGGCGUUGGCUGGGGGAGCCAACUAUGUUGAGGACAAGAUCGCCGACAAGGUUUCAGACAGGGUUGGUGAUGACUUUGGUGGUGACUAUGAUGAUGAUUACUAGUUAAUCAGAGUGCAGCAAAUAUCAUAUCGUGUGAUCUAAACUUGUUCUUGUUCUUUUUUUACUUGUUUUCCUUUGAGAGAUAGAAUCUUGCCUUCCUUUGAAGAUGAGAUGAGAUUGUGUUGUGUUCCUCCGUUUAGAGUUCAAGUCUGUACUUUGGAUUCAUUCAAAGGAAUUGUCUUUUCGUUUUC